CCAAUGUGUUAUCUUAUUCUCAAAAAUUGCCUCAAGGCACAGCACUUUUCACAGCAUUCAAUCGCUCCCACACGCGUUUCGCCCUGCAGGCAAAUCUUACACACCCUUGCACAUUCGCACGCAACAGACGAGGCAACUACUCGACUAUCGGGUUGCCUUACGGGCAACUCCACGAACGGCAAUGCAUCAUAUAUAUAUGUGCGUAAUAUGUGUAUGUGUGUACGCAUUCUGCUUUGCAUAUGUUGGGGGCUAGACAAUUGAAGAACCCUCUCUUUUUUCGCCCGGCUUCGAAGGGACUUGCAUUUUGACUAGUCAUGUAUGAUCUAGGGCGGGGAAGAGUCUCACAGGAUGAACAGGGGCUUGGCAUGCAUUUUGGCCAACUCGGAAGGACGGUCAUUGACUUAAAACACGGGCGAAUCAGAUCCUUGUUUACCUAGUAACGUGUAACAUACUGUUGAGGCUCUUUUAAUCUCCCCGACAAUACUUCGUACGUACCUGCGCUUAAUAUCCCUUUUGGAUAAUUCAAUAAUCUAAAUUGCGGUAUAUAUCGUAUCGCUAUGGUGUGAGUUCUUUGAGCCGCAUCUGAGCUAUAAGUCCACAAUGGCGCAGUCUCAUCGUAAGCCUGUCAACGAUCUUUUCUACUCUGAAUAACAUUUCUCUUUUGCUGGUACGGCCCUUAUCAUUCGUUGACAGUUUCCAAGUAUGUAUCGAUUGCUUCAUUGUCUUUAAGUUAAGAUCUAAUGUUAUUAUGCAGAUUUAAAAGCAGCGACUUUGAGAAAAUAUCUGAUGUUUAAUUUGAUCUCUCUUCCGUAUGAAGUCUUGUCCAACAUCAUAGCAAACAUCGAUUUCGACGAUGUCUUUAACCUUGGCCUCUCCUGCCAGGCAAUGAGGUACUUGCUCACUGAGGAGAGCAUAUGCAAGUUAAUAGUACAAGUAAGCUACCGAAUUCGUCAUCAACAUGACUAAUGUCACAAUGCCCAGCUUGCUGACAGAGACUGUAUAGACCCAAAUACCCUUUGGCAAUGAAGCGUUGUCAACCAAGCACAGCACUGGUCAUAGUGCAUCGGCUCUUCGGAGAGUUGCGAAGAGACGAGAAGCUUUUGCUACAGCGAAUCCGUACUCAGUAGCAACGAUUGCGUUCGGCGAUGCAUAUCUUUAUUGCAAAGGCGUUUUGUGUUACACCCUUGAUGACAAACUCAGGAUCUUAAACCUGCAUUAUUCAGCGUGUCAUGAAGCCGUCGUCAGCAUCCCAGGGAUACUGAGCAAUGCUACCUCGGAAGUCGCUUGCAAUACUACAGGUACAUUCCAGGUUCUGUAUUAUUCCGACAGCAUAAUCUCAUGCCUCUACGUAACAUCAGGCGUGGAUGCAAAUUCUUGGCUCAUUGCUUUCAGCAUUAAAAGUAGAGAAAUUCCUGUAGUAAGAGAACUUGAUUCCACCGAGAGAAUUUUUGUUCGCCACGAUGACAAAUAUCUUUACUACGGUACACAUUCAGAGGUUGGCAGAGACAAUCACAAGAAAUGGGUAAUUUAUGGCUACGAUUUCACUCAACGAGAAUGGUUCGACCAAAAAGUCCAUCUUCCAGAUAUGGUAGGGUCAGAGAUUGGAUCAAACAUCUGUUUUGAGUUUCACGACGGUUAUUUUUAUGCUCUGUCAAAUCAAACAUCAUUUGAGGCCGAGGAAAUCGACUGGACUUCAUUUUAUCAUUGCAUCAGAUUUCCGCUCGCAUCACCUUACAAAGAAUUGAUCGAAAAGACAGAGAACCAAAGUAUGUGGCGCCGUCAGCACGAAGAAGGUCCCAUCGAUGAUCGAUGGACUACCCUCCGACUUGACACAGAUGAGAGUACCGGAGAGCUCAGAAUAAUCGAGUCUCGAAAGGAAUGGUAUCAUGGUGCAAGCAGGAGUCAGCGUACUUAUUAUACCAGCCCAAUCGUCUUCCCGACACGACAUAAUCACAUGAAGGAUGAUAUCUAUCAUUCGGCUGGUACAUCUAUUUCUUCAACAGAAACGAUGUCUUCCCAUAAUGUUCAAGCAGGGCCAUCCUUACCGAUGAGUACAGAACCGAGUACCUCGAAAGAUUACAACAAGUACGUUAGUCACGAUCUGAAUAAUUAUCCCGACGAUCCUAUUCUACGUCUCCUUCGGGACGACGACAAUCCUCAUUAUGUGCCGUCACGAACAAGACUCCCACAAUUUACUCAUCCAGGUUAUGAUGGAUCUUCCAAUCAAACAUUUACACUUGCCAAAUCCCGAAUUAGAUAUUACCACUCUUCUUCAUCUACAUUUCUCGACGUUGUGGAUGACCCUCUUCCAACAGACUGGCAAGGUAAACAACGAAUACGACUUCGAGCCGGUUCCCGAAAAAUUGGCCCACCCCUCGUUUACCCUGCCAAUCACCCCACAAAAGCCGGGUUACUAUGUGAUCCACCAUCUGACACGGAAGACGCCCUGAACCAAAUGUACAGACAAUCAGACGUUACCUAUUGGCCCCCGGCACAAGAUCCCGCAAUAGAAAAUGAGGCCUUGGACGAGCUGUACAAGCUAUUAAAUCCACCCACUCAUCUCGGUAAUGUUGAAGGCACCGCUGAUGAAAAAAGUUUAGUGUAUGUAACAGGGGGAUACGAUAGUCCACAAGCUAUCAUCUUUGUGAGUUUUGAUCCAGCAAUUAAGUUGUCAGGGCUGAAAAAGUGGGGUGGUAUGACUGGAAAGGGAGUGGGCGAGGGGCCACAUAUUGAUGGUAGGGCUACUGGAUAUAUGUCUGAUGUGGAUACUGAGCAGAGGACAAGCUUGGGGUGUGCACAUGAAGAUACAAACGCGUAUGAUCAGAAGAUGUACAGUGACGCCAAGGAAGCAGAUAGGAGAAUCGGCGACCCAAAGGGGAAAGGCAAGGAAAAGCAAAAGUACACGGAUACGUCGGCUCUGCCUGGGACUGUUGAUGCCAAUGGACUAUCACAUGCCAAUAUGCAUGGAACAUCUAAUGGCUCCCCCAAAACAUCGUGGAUGUGGUACGAGAAAGCCAUGUAUCAAGAUAUCGGGCUAGGAUUUUAUUUUGGGAAGGAUCGAGCAAUAGUAGAUGAUGAUAAUAAUGGGAAAAGAGAAAAGAAGCAUACGUUUUUUACUUCCUAAUCUAUGGCUACAGGCGUACAUUUUUGCCAUUAGUGUAGCUUGUAUACAUCUAAUGCAUCUUGUCCAAUCACUACACGCAGUAUUUAUCGUCAUUUCUUGGCUUUAUCUUUCACUAUCCACGCCAACUGGUGAUAGACAAAUCGGGAUUUAAGCGCAUAUGUAUAUGCUGGAGAUAUAUAAUUGGACAUGUAAGAUGCUGGAUAGCUCAGGGUGUGGGCGAAGAAGGGCGAGACAAAACUGAUGGUAGGAUUGUGUGUAGAUGGGCUUCUAGAUUUGUGUUUGGAUGUUUUUAAUAGAGAUGUAUAUAUAAUAAGAUUAUAAUAUUAUUAUUAUCAUUGAAAUAGAUUUCGGU